AAUAUAUACGACUGACUGACUGACUGGCAGUUAGUGUUAAAAGUUAGUCUAUAGUAGUAGUGAUCGACAACAACAACAAUAACUACAGUCUCUGUCUAUAUCUUAUGGUAAUUGAUUGUCUCAUUUCUGAUCACUCAUUGUUUGUUUGUUGGUCUGUCUGAAGACAAUCAGUUGCUGUCUAUCUGUGGUGUAUGUGCUGUGAAAGUCAUACCUGAAAGAAAAACCAUUUUUGUAUUACAAGACAUUUAUCAUAUAAAAGAAAAGGACAUCCAUUUGAUUUGGUUAAUACCAUCCUUGUUGUUGUUGUUGAGCUGAUCCAUACAUUUUAGGUAUAAUAAAAAUGUCGACCUCUUCAACUACUGACCAGUCAUUGGCGAUCAUUGUGUUGAUGACAAUCAUCGCAUUGGUGAGUGCCCAGGCCGGUGUACCUGCAGUCGCACCAACCAACGGUGGUGCCGCCGCCCCACCAGCACCAGCAGCACCGAUAACAUCGACAACAGUUGCGCCACCGACGACAACUCUACCUCCAGUGACUACUACACCAGUGCCAGUACCGCAACCGACACCUGGACCCAUACCCGAACCGGAACAAUGGUCGGGAACUGUAGCCCAGGGCAACAGUACCUGUAUUAAAGUCUUGUCCGACAUUAAAAUUAUAAUUCAAUACCCGAAUGGCACUUCAAAUGUAUCGUCGUCGCCAUUGACCGCCGGGUUUGUCAUACCCAAGACUGCUACGGUCGAUGAGUUGCAGAGUCAUUGUAGUGGUGGCCUGAAAAAUGAGUCCACCGAAAUACUGGUCAUUACAUUCAACAAUAUGUAUAAUACGUCCGCCAAUCUGACAGUUAGCUUCAAGCGUGACUCAGACAAUAAAGUAUCUGUCGAUGAAUUGGAUCUAUCAUUCAAUGUCACCAAAAACUUGUUGCCACAGCUCUACAGUGAUAGUACUGAAUAUGGCCAUUUGUUGAGCGCAUCGGUUAAAAACCAGUCACUAUUUUCGGUAGCCAACCAGCACUCGUACAAGUGUGACGACAAUGCUGUCAAAUUGGAUGGCAUCAGCAUUGGUGACAAUCAACCAUUGAUUAAUAUAACUAUCGAGUUUAGCCACUUUCAGUUCGAGGCAUUCAUGAACCAUAGUUCCAAUACAAAUGUCGUCGAGUUUGAUACCGCCAUCGAUUGCAAGUCAAAUGAGAUUAGUGAUGUGGUGCCAAUCGCCGUGGGCGCCGCCUUAGCCGGAUUGGUGGUCAUCGUAUUGAUUGCCUAUUUUAUUGGCCGCAGACGUAGCCGUCGUCUCGCAUAUCAAUCAGUUUAAGUGGGAGAGAGAGAGAGAGAGACAUCAGAAAGAGAGGGAGAGAGAGAUUAAACGAUUUUUUAAAUAUAUAUAUAUUUCCAUUAAAAAAAAUAACUUCACAUUUUGCUGCAGACAGUAGUAGUGUGAAGUGUUAUGUAAAAUAUUGAUAAUUAAGUUUUAAUUAAUAAUAAUAAUAAUUCAAUGAUAAAUAUAUAU